CUCGAACCUCCUGGCUGUAAACCGAGCCCCUGUUGCCAUGGCGACCCAGCUGGUCAGGUGUGCGCUGGCACCUGACGUUUCCCGCGGUCCCCCCUCCUCCGGGAGGUGGAGGUGGGGGCGUUGUGGUGGCCUCCUCCCCGGCUCCUCCUCCUCCAUCAUGCCGGGCAGACAGAAGCAGCUCCUCUUCUCCGUGUGCGGGCUCCUCGGCCUUUCCUGUGCGCUCACGGCCGCGGUGGCCACCGGCCUGCCGCUCUGGCUCCGCGGGGCCGUGCUGUGCCGCACCGGGGCCGAGCUCGUCAACGCCACCGGGGCCGAGCUCGUCAACGCCACCGGGGCCGGACAGCUGGACAACACGAUCAGUAAUUCACGCACGAGCUGCUGCGACUCUGCUCACGGAUUUAUCAACAAGGCUGCAUUAAUAAUAAGAGUCUUUCCCGACCUCCUGAGCGCCAUCCCCACAGGCCUCCACGUCACCGUCAUCUUCUUCUGUGGUGUUGUGACGCUCUUCUCCUCCGUGGCCACCGGCUUCUUCUUCUUCAAUGCCUUCGGCAGACCCUACAAGACGCUGCAAGGCCCCGUGGGACUUUACCUGUGGACCUUCAUCACCUGUGUCAGCAGCUGCCUCGUCAUGAUCCUGUUUGUGUCGGAGGUAAAGCUCAGUCGUCUGUCCGAGCGGAUCGCCAACUUCAACGAGGGGAAUUUCAUCUUCCAGACGUACACCGAGCGCUACGACCGAUGCUUCUGGCUCUUCUUCCUCAUCUUCCUCCUUCAGGGACUGAACGCCCUGCUGGUCCGACUGGCGGGAAUCCAGUUUCCCUUCCAGCAAAACAAAGAGGUGGAGCUGAGCGGCGGGGCGGCCGACCUCAUGUACUGAGAGGAGAAGAGCUCAGCCUGCAGCGGGAAAACGGCCUGAACGCCUUCAUCAGCCGCCGCUUCCUGUCGCUGCAGCUCUGUUGGAUGGCUUUCCUUCACAGUCUGUUCCACGCUGAAGAAGGUGAACCCUCGCUCUUCACCAGCGUGGUGAGGGCAUUUCCCUCGGUAACAGCGGUGAUCGUGACUCUGACGCUGAAACCACGAACAGUUCGUAGACUUGAAAUGUUGCUCUGUGUUAGAUGAUGACGCUGUCGAGCUCCUCUGUGUCUUCAUUUCUUUGCAGAUCAGUGAUGUUUAGGCCCUCGCUGGCUCACUCGUCCUUUAGCUUCUUGUGUUUCACCGAUCACGAUGACGAUGCAUCCAGCGGCGAGCCCGUCCUGAUCCGAGCUCUUUGGUUCUGAGGACAGGCGACGCCUCGGCUCUGCCGUGUCGUUGUGUGGAAAAGCAAACGUGAUCGUUGAACGCAGAGGAAGGUUUUGGACAGUGAACCAUUUACAAAAUGUGUUUCUGUGGAAACCAUCACAAGCUAAAUCUACCUGUAAGGAAAAUAAAACUGUAUCUGAGCAUCUG